UAAAUCAGACAUGAGGUACUGCCUACAGAUUAUUGCUGUCAUCACUGCCUUACUCCUGGCUCUGCUCUCCAGGGUUGGCUCUGAAACUCCAGCCAUGUGUUCUGUGGUACAAGGGCUUCCAGGUUUGAAUGGAAGAGACGGUAGAGAUGGUGCCAGUGGAGCUAAAGGCGAUCCAGGAUCACAAGGAUUACCGGGCAGUCUGGGAACCCCAGGUUUACGAGGCAACACUGGGCCUCCUGGAAAAGUAGGGCCUAAAGGAAACCAAGGAGACAAGGGAGAAAAUGGAAUUCCAGGAAUGCCAGGGCUCAAAGGAGAAAAAGGAAAUUCAGGUGUAUCAGGAUCUCUGGAUCAUGACUUGAAUAUUCAGAUCUUUGAUUUAACGCGUCAUAUAUCCAGUAUUGUAGGAGCUCUCCGUCUAGAAGGCAAGAUUCAGGCAGCAGGAGGAAAGAUGUUUGCCAGCAGUGGAGCAGAACUGGAUUUUGAAGCCUCUUUGGCUGCAUGUAAAGCAGUCGGUGGUCGUCUUGCCACCCCAACAAAUGAAGCAGAGAACAAUGCGAUCUUAGCAUUUUUGAAGCAAUAUAACAGAUAUGCAUACCUGGGAAUUAAAGUGGGGGACAUUGCUGAUCAGUUCCAUUAUUUAAAUGGAACUUCUGUUAACUAUACAAAUUGGGGGAACAAUGAACCAAGCAGUAAAGGAAAAGAACCUUGCGUUGAAAUGUACACAGAUGGCCAUUGGAAUGACAAAGUUUGUAAUCAAUAUCGUCUGACUGUUUGUGAGUUUUGAAUUGUACAUUCUUUUGCAAUAAAAGCACUACUUGUGUUUGUGUGUUAAA